CUUCUGUCCCUUCCUCUGUCUGUCGCCGCCUUCUCGCCGCCUUCUCGCCAUGGCCAACAAUCAGAUCUGUUAUUCUGACAAGUACUUUGACGAACAAUACGAGUACCGACAUGUGAUGCUGCCAAAAGAACUUUCAAAGCAAGUGCCAAAAUCCCAUCUAAUGUCUGAAAAGGAGUGGAGAGGACUUGGUAUUCAGCAGAGUCUUGGCUGGGUUCACUAUAUGAUCCAUGAGCCAGAACCACAUAUUCUUCUCUUCAGAAGACCUCUUCCAAAGGAUGAGCAGAAAUGAUGCCUUGUCUCUAAACCUCUUAAAUCUUCUGGAACUAUGUAUAUGAGUGUGUAUAUGUUGGUAGUAUUCACUGAAUACUUUAAAAUGUACAAAACAGACAUCCAUACCUGUGCAUGAGCUGUAUUAUUCACAGCAACAAAGCUCAGUCAAAUGCAAUUCUAAGCAGGCUGCUAUGGCGUUCAAAGGGUGAAAUUAUCAUCUUUACUGUUGAUUUAAGUGCUUAUUUGACUUUCCAGUUAACGCUAUUGAAGCUUACUUAUGUUCUGACUGGUUGAUUACUUGUUACCUGUCUUUAACUUUUGCACUCUGCUUUUCUGAAGUUUAGCUUGUUCAGAUGCAAUGGCUUCCCUCUUUAGUAGUAACGAUAAAGAAAUAAACUAUUUUUAAUGUUCUAUAAGACCUAAGU